AUGGACCGCAACCACGAUGAGGAUGAGUACGAUGAGCUCGCCGCUGUCCCAUCGCGAGUCGUGCGCAAGGUCGACCGGCGGCUGAUCCCCCUCUUGUUCACCACCUACAUGCUCAGUUUCAUGGACAAGACCAUCCUGUCCAGUGCGUCCGUCUUUGGCUUGAUCGAGGAUACCCAUCUGGUCGGUCAGCAGUAUAGCUGGGUGUCGAGUAUUUUCUACUUUGGAUAUCUUGUCUGGCAAUGGCCCACCAACUUUCUCAUCCCUCGAGUCCCGGUGGCCAAGUACUUGGCUAUCAACACUCUCCUUUGGGGUGUCGUGGUCUCCCUGACUGCUGCUUGUGUCAACUACGGAGGCUUACUCGCAGUCCGGUUCUUGCUGGGUGUUGCAGAGGCAACCAUCACACCAGCCUUCAUGUUCAUUACCACAACGUGGUACACCCGCGACGAGAUCCCCGUUCGGACCGGUAUCUGGUUCUCGGGUAAUUCUGUCGGAGGACUGGUUGGCAAUGUUCUAGCGUAUGGUAUCGGCCAUAUAGAGCACCCUCUCCGUCCUUGGAGGUGGAUGUACAUCAUCCUUGGCCUUGCCACCUUCAUCUGGGGGUUUGCCAUUCUCGCAUUCCUACCGGAUACGAUUUCCAGUGCAGCUUUCUUGACAGAAAAAGAAAGGGCUUUUAUAUCUCGUCGCGCCAUCACAGCUGGGACAGGCCAGACAGAGACAUCCGAGUGGAAUCCAGACCAAGCAGUGGAAUGCUUUCGCGAUCCAAAAACAUGGCAUCUUCUGGCGAUUGUCGUCCUGACCCAGAUACCUAAUGGCGGCAUUCAGAACUUCGCCAACCUCGUCAUCAAAUCCUUUGGCUUCACAGCCCUGGAAUCCACCUUGGUCCAUAUCCCGCUUAGUCUCACCAGCAGUGCAACGAUUAUACUCACGGGAUGGCUCGCUGGACGAGCCCGCAAUCUCAACUGCAUCCUCAUCGCAUGCGUCCUAGCAUGCUCCGGCACCGGGGCUAUCCUGGUCUACGCUCGCGUUUACCACGUUGCCCAAGGCGUCCAGCUUAUAGGGUUUUUCCUCCUGGCUACAGGUCCCGGCGCGUUACCGUUGACGAUGUCCCUAGCUCAGACCAACUACAAGGGCGUCACCAAGAAGAUGGCCAUGACAGGGUCGAUGUUCAUUGCAUAUUGUAUAGGGAAUAUCGCGGGGCCUCACCUGUUCGAUGCUAAUGAGGCGCCACGCUACGAGUCUUCGUUCCGGGGGAUUCUUAUCUGCUAUGCACUUGCAGCAGCGCUGUCGGUUUCUCUCUACGCUUACCUGCGACGUCUCAACGCUCGACGGGAUCACGAUGAACACAUUCGGCUUCCCGGUCCGUCAGGUUCAGACCAGCCAGGCAUUCACCGGGACAGUACUGAAGAAUCUCCGCUCAUCCGGUCUACCACCCCAACAGUGGACCGUGAUGCGACCGACUGGAACACACCUGGAUUUCGCUACCGCGUCUAG